GGUGGAAAAAAGUCUUACAGUGGGCCAUGUGGGGGCCGCGAUUGCAGCGCUGGAUGCAAAUGUUUUCCAGAGAAGGGUGCGCGGGGUCGACCAGGACCGAUUGGGCUUCAAGGACCGAUCGGUGCACCUGGAUUUACUGGCCCAGAAGGUUUGCCGGGAGCAAAAGGUGAGAGAGGAGCGGUGGGCCCCCCUGGACCAGCUGGACAGAAGGGCGACAAGGGCCCAAUGGGAGUUCCAGGAUUUCAAGGCAUCAACGGGAUCCCAGGUCACCCUGGGCAAUCUGGACCUAGAGGUCUGCCUGGCGUUGAUGGCUGCAAUGGUACCACUGGGAGUCCUGGCUUUUCUGGAUCAGAUGGGUUUCCUGGCCUACCUGGGCUGCCUGGUCGUCCUGGCCCAAAAGGCCUUAAAGGAGAACCUGUUUUUGCUCAAGGCAGUCUUAAAGGAAUGAAGGGAGAAAAUGGUCUUCCUGGAUUGGAUGGAAUUUCUGGCCCGAAAGGUUUUCCAGGUCCACUAGGUUCUGCUGGCCCUAUAGGAUUACCAGGUUUGCAGGGUCCAAUGGGUCCCCCCGGGCCGCCAGGUCCAAAAGGUAACAUGGGAUUAGGCUUUCAAGGAGAGAAAGGAGAAAAGGGCGAUGUAGGGCUGCCCGGCCCUCCAGGUCCCCCACCGUCCACUGGAAUACUGGAAUUCAUGGGAUUUCCAAAAGGGAAGCAAGGAGAAAAGGGUGAGCCAGGCCCUCAAGGAUUGCCUGGAGACAAAGGACUGCCUGGCAUGCCGGGCUUUGGAGGUGUUGGAGAAAAAGGAGAAAAAGGUGUGCCUGGCUUACCGGGUGGCAGGGGUCUUUUGGGACUGGAUGGAUCUGAUGGGAUACCAGGGAGAAAGGGUCAUCCAGGUGUUCCAGGCUAUCCAGGACUGGAUGGAAUCGAAGGCGUGAAGGGUGAAUUAGGUGACAUCGGUCCCCCAGGCCCUCCUAUCGUUAUUGACAAGGAAGGUGUAGUUAUUUCAGGUGCCCCGGGUGACCCUGGAAACCCAGGAAUACCUGGUCCUCCAGGAGAUGAAGGGAUCAGUGGUUUGCCAGGCCUUCCAGGAGCUCCAGGGUUUCCAGGCCUGGAUAGAGAUGGAAUGGGCCCUGGGGGGUCUGCAGGUAUUCCAGGUGUGAAGGGUGAAGUGGGAGAACCAGGAAGAGCAACGAUUGGACUACCAGGCACUCCCGGCAGAGACGGUUUACCGGGUCUGCCCGGAGCACCAGGAUUGCCUGGUCCACUACGCCCUUCAUUCCCCCCAGACACGAUCCUGGUUGGAAGGACUGGGGCCCCAGGGGAGCCUGGACAAAGAGGGCUGCCGGGAGCUUUGGGUCCAAAGGGUUACAAAGGAGAGGCAGGUGAUUGUGCUUGUGACGGAGGAGUUACAAGAGCUGGUCUAAAAGGCAUCUCAGGUCCACCAGGUCCAUCGGGAAGCCCUGGUGUGCCUGGGAUUAAGGGCAUUGGUGGAGACCCAGGCACUGUGGGUGCACCAGGACUGCGAGGCCCUCCGGCUUCAGCUGGUCAGCAAGGUCUUCCAGGCCUUAAGGGAGAAAAAGGGGAUUCAUCCUAUGCCACAGGCAGAGGCGCUCGUGGGGACCGUGGUGCGACAGCACCCAGAGGACCUUCCGGCAUCCCGGGAACCCCUGGCAGGGAUGGACUUCCAGGUUUGCCAGGCCCACCAGGUGCUCCAGGUGAUGGUGGGCUAGGUUUCCCGGGUGAAAAAGGACUGCCAGGAUUACCUGGCUCCAAGGGCCAUCGUGGAGAAACUGGUUCUCCUGGUGUUGGAUAUCCAGGUCCUAGUGGAGUUCGUGGGCCGCCAGGUGACCCAGGAAUGGAUGGGUUUCCAGGACAAGCAGGUCUUCCAGGCCCUCCAGGUAUCACCUUGCCCUGCAUAGUUCCUGGAGCAUAUGGACCCCCAGGGACUCCCGGCUUUCCAGGGUUGCCAGGUCCCAAGGGCAGCAAAGGCUUUCCUGGCAUUCCAGGCCAACCUGGAUUACAUGGGUCAAAAGGACAGCCAGGGUCUCCAGGAAUAAUAGGCUUGCAAGGGGAACCUGGCUUCCCUGGACCUCGAGGAGAGCAAGGGUCACAAGGACUUCCAGGACUGGAUGGAACAGAUGGUUUGCCUGGGAAAAUGGGUGCUUCAGGCUUAGCUGGAACAAAAGGAGCUCCUGGAGAUGUAUUCGGUGCUGAGAGUGGAGCCCUGGGAGAGCGUGGCCGACCUGGACUCCCAGGUGAUAAAGGGCUUACAGGUGAUCUUGGAUUUCCAGGACCAAAAGGGUUAGAUGGAAGACCAGGCCUCCUAGGUAUUAAAGGCGAACAGGGUAAUCCAGGAUAUUCAGGUGUCCCUGGAUUGCGGGGACCUCCUGGUCCUGGAGGUCCUUUUGGCAUUAAGGGAAAACCAGGACCCUUGGGGUCAGCUGGCCUUGCAGGAGCACCAGGCUGUCAAGGACUUCCUGGAGUCAAAGGCUUGACUGGGGACGUAGGUCCACAAGGCCCUGCUGGUAUGAAAGGCUUCCCAGGUCUUGAUGGUGUUCCAGGAUCUCCUGGGGAAAGAGGAUUCUUAGGGCCACCUGGGCCUUUUGGUCAAGAUGGACAUCCGGGUUUCUCUGGGCCAAAAGGCGAGAAAGGGUCUUCCGGCCUGCUUGGUUUCCCUGGCAUGCCAGGCCUUCCUGGUGUCCCUGGGGUGAAUGGAUUUAAAGGAACUCCUGGCACAGCUGGAGGAAAAGGGGGCCCUGGAGUUGUGGGACUCCAAGGCCAAAAAGGUGACAGAGGUGAUGUAGGUCCACCUGGUCUUCCUGUUCUUGGGCCUCCAGAACAGGCACUGCAAUUCAAAGGAGACAAAGGAGAUCCUGGAUUAGCUGGACUUGGAGGAUUCCCUGGACCUAGAGGUGAUAAAGGAAUCCCAGGAAGCCGUGGACAGCCUGGUCUUUCUGGUGCGGUUGGGUCAGCAAGCAAAGAGAGAGGUCUUCAUGGUGACCCAGGCUUCCCUGGUCUGCCUGGACAGCCUGGCCUUCCAGGACAGAAGGGUACACAUGGUAUCAUAGGUUUUGGGGGUUUUUUUCAGGGUUCAGAUGGCAUCAUGGGAACACUUGGAUUCCCAGGACCUGUUGGCCUCCCUGGUCCAAAGGGUGACCAGGGCGAGUCUGUUGGCCUUCCUGGCAUUGCUGGAGCAAAAGGAGACCGAGGGGACCCAGGGUUCCAAGGAGAGAGAGGAAGAGAAGGACUCAAGGGUGAACCGGGCUACCCAGGAAACACUGGGGUGAAUGGACUCAAAGGUGGCCCAGGAGAUCUUGGCCAAGAAGGACCAGCAGGAAUCCCUGGAAAUGCUGGGCUGAGAGGAGUCCCUGGGCCACCAGGACCUCCAGGGCAGCCAGGACCUGUUGGAUUUCCUGGAGCUCAUGGAACAGCAGGACCUAAAGGGUUUCAUGGCUUUCCGGGUUUAAAUGGUCUGAACGGCUUGCCAGGCACAAAAGGGUCUCCUGGAACACCAGGUCUGAGUGAAGCUGGACUGAAAGGUCCUGCAGGUCUCCCAGGUCCAAAGGGUGAAGAAGGUUCUCCAGGCUUGGGCAGAGGAGCUCUAGGAUUCCCUGGACCAAAAGGCUCAUCAGGAGACAUGGGUCCCCCUGGUCCUGUGGGACUGCCUGGCUUGCCAGGAACACCCGGAGCUUCUCUUCCUUCUGAUAUACGUGGGAGACCUGGGGAUGCUGGCCAUCCAGGAGCUGAUGGGAGCUCAGGUCUUCCAGGUCCUCCAGGUCUACGAGGGCCCCCUGGCCCAGCUUCUGACCAAGGUGACACAGGCAAUCCAGGUUUCCCUGGUGUUCUUGGCUUGCGAGGCAUUAAGGGUGACGUGGGACCCACUGGUCCAAUUGGACUCCCUGGAGCAUCUGGAUUCAAAGGUAUAAGAGGUGAGCCUGGCCUUAUGGGGAUGCCAGGUAAAGACGGGCCUCCGGGGGAUCCUGGUUACCCUGGGCUGAAAGGUGAAAUGGGCCGUCGAGGUCUCCCUGGCCGACAAGGGGCUCCAGGUAUAACCCCACAGCCAGAAGAAGUCACAGCCCCUGCAGGCUUACCUGGUCUGCCAGGAAUUGAUGGUGUCCCUGGCUUUGAUGGAGAUCAUGGAUUCCAGGGCCCAGCUGGAAAACCAGGUACGAAAGGUCUGCCAGGAAGAUCUGGUUUGAAAGGACGUGAUGGUUUACCUGGAUCCCCUGGCAUAGUUGGGGAUCCAGGACCUUCGGGUACCCCAGGACCACAGGGAUUUGAAGGUGUGGCUGGAAAGCCGGGCUCCCUUGGUUUGCCGGGAAUGCCUGGACGGAGCGUGGGCGUUGGAUACACUUUAGUAAAGCACAGUCAGUCAGACCAAAUCCCACCUUGUCCCAUAGGAAUGAAUAAGCUCUGGGACGGCUACAGCUUAUUGUACGUGGAAGGGCAGGAGAAGUCACACAACCAGGACCUUGGUUUUGCUGGCUCAUGUUUGCCUCGCUUCAGCACCAUGCCUUUUAUUUACUGCAACAUCAAUGAAGUGUGCUACUACGCCAGCCGAAAUGACAAGUCCUACUGGCUCUCCACCACUGCUCCUAUCCCCAUGAUGCCAGUGGACAGCGUUCAGAUCCCACAGUACAUCAGUCGUUGCUCAGUAUGUGAAGCACCUUCCCAGGCUGUGGCUGUGCACAGCCAGGACAUCACCAUCCCGCAGUGUCCCCUUGGUUGGCGCAGCCUAUGGAUAGGAUACUCCUUCCUUAUGCACACUGCGGCUGGUGCAGAAGGAGGAGGGCAGUCCCUUGUCUCGCCGGGUUCUUGCCUGGAGGAUUUCCGUGCUACCCCCUUCAUUGAAUGCAACGGGGCGAGAGGAACGUGCCAUUACUUUGCCAACAAAUACAGCUUCUGGCUGACGACGGUGGAGCAGUCGCAGCAGUUUGUCAGUGCUCCUCCCUCCGAAACUCUGAAAGCUGGACAGCUUCGAACGAGGGUCAGCCGUUGCCAAGUGUGCAUGAAGAACUUGUAGUCACGAGAAAGCGGUAACAUGAGCAGUCUUUGUUACCCAAGACUAGACAUCACUGAUGGGAAGAAGGAUAAAUUCAUAAACCUGUUUUGUGUGUGGUUGAUGGGUGAAUCACGACAGCCAGAAUUCUACAAAAAUC